AAGAUUUUCUUCAUUGUAAUAGUUUUAACAACGUUUUUAAAAUUGUUUCGGAAUUAGCAAGACGUUAUCAGAUGCCUCCGUUGGCAGCGAGACUAUAUGACUGGUCGCAUCGUUAUCUCUCAAGCAGUUGAUUUCCAACCCUCUUCCCCUCCCAGCAUGGCUGAAGACUCGAUGGAAAUAGACGACUCUCUCUACAGUCGCCAGCGCUAUGUGUUGGGAGACAGUGCCAUGCACCAGAUGGCCCAGUCCGCAGUCUUUCUCAGUGGAUUGGGAGGGCUGGGAAUUGAGAUAGCAAAGAACAUUGUCCUGGCUGGUGUAAAGGCAGUCACCCUCCAUGACACAAAGCAGUGUGAAACCUGGGAUCUGGGCUCGAACUUCUUUCUUCACAAAGAGGAUGUGUUGAGCCAGCGGAAAAGGGCAGAAGCAGUUUGCCCUCGAGUUGCAGAAUUGAACCCUUAUGUCCAUGUUGACAAAUCCAUCUCUGCUCUGGAUGACAACACUGAUCUCAGCUUUCUCCAAAAGUAUCAGUGUGUGAUUCUAACUGAAGUCAGACUGAGCCUUCUGAAGAGAGUGAACGAGUUUUGCCGCUCACAGCGCCCUCCCAUCAGAUUCAUUGCAUGUGACACAUAUGGCAUCUGUGUGCGGGUGUUCUGUGAUUUCGGAGAAGAAUUUGAAGUGUUGGAUCCCACAGGGGAAGAACCAAAGGAGAUUUUCAUCCAGAGCGUCACUCAGGACAAUCCUGGUGUGGUCACCUGCCUGGACAACCAGCCUCAUGGGCUCCAGACUGGCCAGAGUGUCGUUUUCAGAGAAGUCAACGGCAUGGUGGAACUCAAUGGCACUGCAAGACAGGUUUCAGUCCUUUCCCCUCACAGUUUUGCAAUAGGAGAUACAUCCCAUCUACAAGCAUAUGCACAUGGAGGUUUCUUUGUCCUUGUGAAGACCCCAAAGAUAUACACAUUUGAACCACUUGAGAGACAGCUUUGGGAUCCUCAGGUCUUGACUCCAGACUUCAGUAAACCAGAGGCACCACUACAGAUCCAUGCUGCCAUGUUGGCUCUGGACACCUUUCAGGAACAGCACAAUAGACUUCCCAACACUGGCUGUUUACAGGACACUGAGACUCUACUGAAAUUAACUGAGGAAGUGAAUGCCACACUCAGGAACAGAGCUCCUGUUAAUGCAGAGUUGGUGCAAUGGCUCUCGAGGACUGCGAGGGGGACGCUUCCUCCAUUAUCGGCUGCUGUAGGAGGCCUUGCCAGUCAGGAGGUUCUGAAAGCCAUCACUGGAAAGUUUGCACCCCUGCAGCAAUGGUUUUAUCUUGAUGCCAUUGAGGUAGUAAAGCCACUUCAGAAUCUGCCUGCUGAAGAGUUUCUUCCUCAAGGAGACCGUUAUGAUGGACUGCGAGCUUGUAUUGGUAAAUCAUUGUGUGGGGAACUGCACAAGCUUAGGGUCUUCAUGGUGGGCUGCGGCGCCAUAGGCUGUGAAAUGCUGAAAAACUUUGCCCUUCUCGGAGUGGGUUUGGCUCAGAGCUCGGGCCAGGUGUGUAUCACAGAUCCAGACCUCAUAGAAAAGUCCAACCUCAAUAGACAGUUUCUUUUCAGACCACAGCAUAUACAGAAACCAAAGAGUACUACAGCAGCCGAAGCCACUCUGAAGAUCAACCCAGACCUGCAGUUGGAUCCUCACCUUAAUAAAGUGUGUCCUGCUACGGAGAGCAUCUACAAUGACUCCUUCUACUCACACCUGAACCUGGUGGUCACUGCACUGGACAGUGUAGAGGCCCGGAGAUAUGUGGACAGCCGCUGUGUAUCUAAUCAGAGAGCACUCCUGGACUCUGGGACCAUGGGAACUAAAGGACACACAGAGAUCAUUGUCCCAAAUUUGACUGAGUCCUACAAUAGCCAUAGGGAUCCCCCAGAAGAGGAAAUCCCCUUCUGUACCCUCAAAUCAUUCCCUUCAGUCAUAGAGCACACCAUCCAGUGGGCCAGGGACAAGUUUGAGAAUGCAUUUGUCCAGAAGCCCUCCAUGUACAACUCUUUCUGGCAGACCCACAAAUCAGCUGAAUUUGUGCUCCAGAAAAUGCAGGCGGGUGAAAGUUUGGAGGGCUCAUUUGAAGUCAUUAAACUGCUUAACAGGCGGCCUCAUUGUUGGGAACAGUGCAUUACCUUGGCUCGGCUGAAAUUUGAAAAGUAUUUCAAGAGAAAGGCCCUGCAACUUCUGCAUGCUUUCCCACUUGAUACAAGGUUAAAAGACGGAAGUUUAUUUUGGCAGUCUCCCAAAAGACCGCCAGCUCCCAUCGAUUUUGACUUAAAAGACCCCCUACAUUUCACCUUUGUUGUCAGCACGGCCCGGCUCUUUGCUGGCAUUAAUAACAUUCCAUACUCAGAGAAGGAUCUCUGUGGAGAGGCGGUGGCUGAAAUCCUCUCUCAUGUGAAGAUCCCUAAAUACCAGCCCACUGUCAAAUGUAUCGAGACAGAUGAGGCGGCAAAGAAGCCUGAUCAAUUGAAGAUGCCUCUAAGCAGCGAAGAGGAGAGAGCGGCCAUCGGGCAGUUACAGUAUGCCAUUGCUGGCGACUUUGUCAAAGCAGACAGGUUGCAGAUGUCGCCGCUGCAGUUUGAGAAGGACGACGACAGCAACGGCCACUUGGACUUUGUCACUUCGGCGUCCGCCCUGAGAGCCAAAAUGUACUCCAUCGAGCCCGCCGACAGAUUCAAGACCAAACGCAUUGCCGGCAAGAUCAUCCCUGCUAUCGCCACGGCAACAGCAGCUGUGGCUGGACUGGUGGCCCUGGAGCUGAUCAAGAUAGUUGGAGGCUUUGGCUUUGAAUCUUUGAAAAACUGCUUUUUCAACUUGGCCCUCCCUGUAGUGGUCUUCACUGAGCCAGCGGCUGUCAAGCGGGCACUCAUCAGGGAGAACAUCUACUUUUCCAUCUGGGACUGCUGGACUAUCAGUGGUCAUGAGGACUUCACCUUGUCUGACUUCAUGAAUGCAGUCAGGGAGAAGUAUGGAAUUGAACCCACAAUGGUCGUCCACGGUGUGAAGAUGCUCUAUGUGCCUGUGAUACCAGGACAUUCAAAGAGACUUAAACUGACGAUGCAGAAGCUGAUAAAGCCAUCGGCAGCCCGCCAAUACGUUGACCUCACGGUCUCAUUUGCUCCAGAGAGAGCCGAAGACGAAGAUCUCGCCGGUCCUCCCGUCAGGUACUUCUUCAGCCGCGAUGAUCACAUGCCCUGACAACGUCCCACUUCUUGUCACCUUCAUGUAUGCCGUCAGAAUGACCAGGAAGUGGUCGCAGCACACACUCCUCCUCAGCCUUGGUUCCUGGUUUUCUUGCCUCUGAUCCAACCAUAGGAAUAUGAAGGUCGCUGGGUAGCACUUAACUGUAUUUCUGUACAUACAGUAUGUUCUCUCUUUUUGUUUAGUUUUUUUUACUCGUGAUGAUAAAGUGGACAGCACCGCCUGUGUUGAUGCCUUAAGACCCCUUUUUGUUUGUGGUACUAAAGCUGGAUUAAAAAAAAAAAGUGUUUACAGAACCUUGUCGACACCACACAGCCACACUUUUCUCAUGUGUGACAAGCUGUUGGGCCAGAUUUAAAGCCAGUUUACACUUUAGAGGUUAUAUCAUUGGAAAUGCCGCCAUACAUGCCCGUGUUUGCCCAUUUAGCCACACUUGUACCUGAGUCAGUGCUACAUGUUUCCAAGCAUUGUUUGAUCAUCGUUGUUCCUUCACCUCAAUGCUUAUUUAUUAAUUGUAGACGGACUUGAGGUGGCAUCAUGCUGCUAUCCCUUCUAGGAUCACAAGCAACAUUUUCUAGAUUUUUAUUCUGAAUUUGUUUUCCCAAGCGUCCUGAUGUUGCAUUUAUUUACUCCAUGCUGACUUGGUGUCUGUUUUUGUUGUGUUGAUGAAUUGUCAGGUAAAAGUCCUCAAAGUGUUGUACAUCAUGUAUGUUGGAAGCUUUCCUACAAGUAUUUUGAAGA